ACUAAUUACUUUCCGAUUACAUGGAUUUCAUUUACAAAUAAGAGUUUUCUUCUAUUUUAUUCAAAUUUUUUUCAUUGUGUCUUCUCCAAUUAAUUAAUUUGUUUCCCGUUUCUUACUGGUUGGUGAUAUUGGGUUCAUUAUGAUGGUGGUUAAUUCUCGUUUUUCCCGUUAGACUUUUAAUACAAUGGCUUGCAUUCGUAAAAAGGGAGAAAAAACACCAAAAUGGAUUGCAUCGGUGCACGCAGUUGAGGCUCAUGUCAACAAAUUGGAGACCAAGACAUUGGCGGCGAAACUGGAGCUAAAAGAUAAUUCUGGUUCUUUUAAUAUUUGAGUUCCGGACUGAAAACAAGAAAAGAGAACAGAAGUGACAUUUGUGUGGUGGCAUCAGUGGAUGGUCGGGGUUGUAAUAUCAUGUAUGGGCUUAACACUUUCACUAGUCGUGGAAGAAAUGAACUUCAAGUAUUAGUGGACUUGACAUCAAGGGAGUCACACAUGUGCACUCAAGAUGGGAGAAGAAUUAGGUCUUCAUAGGAGAAAUAUUCAUUUCCUUUGUCAUCAGUUAAUGAACAGAAAUUGGGGUUUCUGUUGCUGUCGACCUAGCCAUGGAAUUAGAAGAAUUCAUCAAGUGUCAAGAGUCUCAACUGAGGCCGAGAAGGAGAAAGAAGAAUGGAGUGGAUUUGCAGGCGUUUUAUGGAAGAAAUUGGUGCUGUGAGUCGAUGGUUUCUGGCAGGGAAGAUGGUUGGAGUUCAUUGGGAGAUUUUGUGCUGUUUUGCAGCGAGAUUGCAGUAAAGACACCAACAAGGAGAAAUGGGUAUUGGUGGUUAUGCUUGUAGAGAUAGUAGCUCGAGUUUUCUGUUGGUUUUGGGGUUGAAUUGGUUUCAAUUUGAGUUACAAUUCAGCUGAAUAGGGAUCGAAAUUGGGACUGAUUUUGUUUACAUCUUGAUUUUGGAAGUAUAACUACAUGGAAUGGGAUGAAGAAGUUAUUCCUUAAGAAGUAUUUUAUAGCAUCAAAAGAAGUAGUGAUUCUCAAGGAAAUAUGUGGUAUUGUGCAAAUAUCGGGAGAGACCCUCUGUGAGUAUUGGGAGCGCUACAAGAAGCUUUGAGCUAGUUGUCCACAUCGCCAAAUCAGUGAUCAACUUGUCAUUCAAUAUUUCUAUGAGGGGUUGCAUCUUAAUGAAAGACAUUUGAUCGAUGCAGCAAGUGGUGGUGCACUUACCAACAAGACCAUUGCGGAAGCUACAAGUUUGUUGGAUAACAUGGCUGCAAACAUUCAACAAUUCUACACUAGGGUUGAACCAAUGGUAAGGAAAGUGAAUGAAGUUGGUGAUUCUUCACAUUUGGAACAUAAAAUGGGUAACAUGGAGAGGAUGAUGCAGAAAAUAGAUGCAGCUGUCAUACCAGCAUAUACCAAAGAUGUUGAGCAAGCAAAGGGUAUGUACCAAAAUCAGCAAAGGGCAAGAUAUGAUCCGUAUUCCAGCACAUAUAAUCCGGGUUGGCGUGAUCAUCCUAAUUUCAGCUACGCCAACAAGCAAGCUGCAAUUUCCAAUCCACCUUUCAAUCAACAAAGUGAGUACCAAUUCUUGCAAAGGCCGCAACAAGAAACUCAAGGCAUGAGUAUACACUACUAUAAAAUAUAGUUAUUGCUACACCAUAUCUUGCCACACCUUCAGUAUAGGUGUUGUAAAAGUAAAUUUCUAGCCACAGUACUUUUCAGCUGCAGCUAAAAGCUAUAAUUUACUGCUGUAAAAUGAAAUUUUUGCCACAUAACUGUAGCAACAAUAUGAAAAGAGUGUGGCAAAAAGGUAUAAUUUCUUGCUGCAGCAAUAAAGAUUGGGUGCAACAAUAGAUUUCUUGUUACAUAGGUUAUCGCGACACUAAUAAGGAUUUAUGCCAUAAGCAUUGGCUGCUGCAAUAUAUUAAGUUUCUUGUAGUGAUAGAUGACAAGUUGAACCUUAUUCUCAACGCAAUGAUGCAACAUAAGCAAAAGGCGUAGAUGGAUAUGAAGGACAUGCAAACACAAAUGGGUCAACUAGCUACUGCCGUGAGCAAAUUCGAAGCACAAGCAGCUGGAAAACUUCCUUCGCAACCAUUAAAUCCUAUGGAGAAUGUCAAUGCUAUUGAACUAAGAAGUGGAAAGCAAGUGGAAAAACCAGCAGCAUCACCGGAAUCCCAUGAACCUAAUUCAAAGAAAGAAGAGGAAGAAACAGACCCUAACAAGGAUAAAUCAGUACCAAAUUCUAACUCUAAACCUCUUAUUUCUACUUAUGUUACUCCUCCACCUUUUCCUAGCUGGUUUGCAAAGUCAAAGAAGGAGACAUUGGUCAAAGAGAUUUGGGAGAUCUUUAAGAAGAUCGAAGUGAACAUUCCACUAAUUGAGGCGAUAAGGCAGGUUCCUCGCUAUGCAAAGUUCUUGAAGGAAUUGUGUACAAACAAGCAUAAAUUGACCGGUAAUGAGGUAGUGAGUGUGGGAGAGAAUGCUUCAGCAUAUCUUCAAAAGAAACUCCCACCUAAAUUGAAAGAUCCUGGUAGUUUUAUUGUACCUUGCACAGUUGGUAAAACAAGAUUUACAAAAGCUUUGUUAGAUUUAGGAGCAUCUACUAUAUGCCUGCUUCAAUUUAUGAAUCUUUAAAUCUUGGUCCUCUCAAAAGUACUGCAUAAUUAUUCAACUUGCCGAUAAGUCUAAUGUUUACCCUAAAUGGGUUGUUGAAGAUGUUUUGGUGCAGGUUAAUGAGCUUAUAUUUCCUGUAGACUUCUAUGUUCUUGAUAUGAAUGAUGAAAACUCAUCCUCGUCUACACCUUUGUUGUUGGGUAGACCAUUUAUGAGAACCGCUAGAACAAAGAUAGAUGUAUAUGAAGGUACUUUGACAAUGGAAUUUGAUGAGAGGUCGUACGCUUUAACAUCUUUGAGGUGAUGAGAUAUCCGAGCGAUGUGCACUCAUGUUUUGCUGUUGAGGAGUCUGACGCUGGCUAAGAAUGCAAAGGAGAUGAAAGUCGGGCUGACUACUUUAAACCAAACACUAAGUGGGAGGAAACCUAUCGGUUUUGUUUAUUUAUCUUUUUAUUUUUAUACAUUUUAUCUUUAUUUUUCAUAUCAAAACUCAAACUUUUAAAGAUUUUUGAAC